GAUGAACCAGCACCUGCCAAAUUUUUGAGACAGCUCACGGCUUAGAGGAAGGCUCAUCUAAAUAAAGGCCGGCUAAAGUGACAUUGCAGGGAUUUAAUCCCUCUCUGGCUGCCCGUGUGACCAGAAGGCUGAUUUGCAGGUUUCUUCUUUCCUGGGGUCCAGAUUAUUAGGUCUCUGUAGCCCUGUAACUUGCCAGCAAGAGAAGUGCAAAAUGAAGAGGGUCAGAGAUAAGCGCCAGCAGCAGGGACCUGGGGGCAUCUGCCACAUUUUCGCACAGCAAAGUGAAAGAUCCUCUGGCCCUCGAAGGAAAUAGCAAACUGGAACCUUUGUCCUGGGCCACAGCCACCUACCAGAGAGCAUCAGACUGCACCGCCAGCCAGAAAGUUCCUGGAGCCUGAUCAGGGAAGUGACUAUGGUAACUGAAUGUGUGACCAAUUGCACAGUUAGUGCUGGGAAGUUCAACAUGAAGGAAGUGUGAAACGUCUCGGGUGAGGCGGGCAGCUUUUGGUUGGGCUGGGUAGGCUCUGCUGGCCCGUUUGCCUCUGCCCUCCUCCGACUUCCGCAGGCCAGCUCUCACGGACACGGGCCUCUGGCCGUCCUCACCUCCCAUCUCCCACCCACUGGGCCUCUUCCGCUCCUUCCCAACCCACCCUUGAUCGGCGCCUCUUGGCUGAGAUGUAGACAGGAGGCCGCAGUGACAAUGACUGCAGUGUAUGUGAAUGGAGGCGGCCUGGUGAACCCCCACUACGCCAGGUGGGGUUGGCGGGACAGCGUGGAAAGUGGCUGUCAGACGGAGUGCAGCAAGGAGGAGGAGGAGGGGCAGGCUCGCCAGCUGACCCCCUUUGAGAAGCUGACACAGGACAUGUCCCAAGAUGAGAAGGUGGUGAGAGAGAUCACGCUGGGGAAACGGAUCGGUUUCUACCGAAUCCGAGGGGAAAUCGGAAGCGGGAACUUCUCACAAGUCAAGCUUGGGAUUCACUCCUUAACCAAAGAAAAAGUGGCCAUUAAGAUCCUGGACAAGACCAAGUUAGACCAGAAAACCCAACGGCUACUAUCCCGCGAAAUCUCCAGCAUGGAAAAACUGCAUCACCCCAACAUCAUCCGCCUUUACGAGGUCGUGGAGACCCUAUCCAAACUCCACUUGGUGAUGGAGUAUGCAGGCGGUGGGGAGCUCUUCGGGAAAAUUAGCACUGAGGGGAAGCUCUCAGAACCAGAAAGCAAACUCAUCUUUUCCCAGAUCGUGUCUGCCGUGAAGCACAUGCAUGAAAAUCAAAUUAUUCAUAGAGACCUGAAAGCAGAAAAUGUAUUCUAUACUAGUAAUACUUGUGUGAAAGUGGGUGAUUUUGGAUUCAGCACAGUGAGUAAAAAAGGUGAAAUGCUGAACACUUUUUGCGGGUCUCCUCCCUACGCUGCACCUGAACUUUUCCGAGACGAGCACUACGUCGGCGUGUAUGUGGAUAUCUGGGCCUUGGGGGUGCUUCUGUACUUCAUGGUGACUGGCACCAUGCCAUUUCGGGCAGAGACUGUGGCCAAACUGAAGAAGAGCAUCCUUGAGGGCACCUACAGCGUGCCUCCAUAUGUGUCCGAGCCCUGCCUCCGACUCAUCCGGGGCGUCCUUCAGCCCAUACCCACUGAGAGGUAUGGGGUUGACUCCAUCAUGAACAAUGAAUGGAUGCAAGGGGUGCCAUAUCCCACCCCUCUGGAACCUUUUCAACUGGAUCCGAAACAUUUGUCAGAAACCAGCACCCUCAAAGAAGAAGAAAAUGAAGUCAAAAGCACUUUAGAACAUUUGGGUAUUACAGAAGAGCAUAUUCGAAACAACCAAGGGAGAGAUGCCCGAAGCUCCAUCACAGGGGUCUAUCGAAUUAUUUUACACAGAGUCCAAAGGAAAAAGGCUUUGGAAAGUGUCCCAAUAAUGAUACUGCCAGAGCCUAAAGAAAGGGACCUAAAAAAAGGGUCCCGUGUCUACAGAGGCAUAAGACACACGUCCAAAUUUUGUUCAAUUUUAUAAAUUGCACUAGACUGUUGGUAAUUAACCAAGAUCAUUGUUGCUGCUUUUAAUUUUUUUCACAGACAACUUGGUGGAGACAUUUUUUGUAAUUUUUAAAUAAAUUUAAGUUUAAGGUAUGCA